GGCGUAAAUGUAUCAAUGGCGGCAGGUGCAACAGGUGUUAGAGUUGUUUUUUUCGGUUCUCACAAACAGCCCAGCUACGUUGUUGAAACAUGUACGAUUCCUACCAAAGAUUUUUUAAAAGAAGGAGAGAUACUGAUAAAGAUAUUGUUAUCAACUAUUUGUUCUUCUGAUAUUGAAAGUAUAGAUGGAAAACAUGAAGUAAAAGCGCCCUGUGUUUUAGGUCAUGAGGGUGUUGGAGAAGUCCUUUUUUCCAAGAGGUUUAGUAAUGGCACACCAGAUGUUUAUGCUGGAGACAGAAUUGUGUUUACUAUAUCCGAUAGCUGUGAAAAAUGUUUUAUGUGCAAAUCAGAUAUGCAGGAAUGUUGUUCAUCCAACAGCAAGUAUGGAUCAAUUGGAUUAAAAGAUGGCAUGGGUUUAAAUGGAUGCUUUGCUACUCAUAUGAUCUUAAAGAAAGGGACGCAAGUUGUUCGUGUGCCAUCAAAUAUUUCUAAUAUUGUUGCUAGUCCAGCUAACUGUGCACUUUCUACUAUGGUGCAUGCCAUCAGCUUUGUUACUAUCAAUUCAAAAAGAAAACAGUCUAUUGCAGUAAUACAGGGUGCAAAUUUGAUGGGAUUAUAUGGUUGUGCAUUAUUGCUUGAAGCUGGUUUUGUCAAAGUAUAUUGCCAUGAUGUUUCUCGUGAGCGUUUGAGGCUUGUACCAAAGUUUGGAGGUAUACCAGUUCUAGUCGAAAAAGAAUAUGAUGUUAGCGGCUGCCAAGAUGAAGAAGGGAUAGCAGAUGUAAUUAUUGAUGUUUGUGGGUACUGGGAUGUAAUUCCAUAUGCUUCCCAUGCACUUAGACAUCGAGGAAUUUAUCUCUUUGUGGGCACUUCUCAUUCAGAAAGCAAAAGGAUAAGCAUGGAUAUAAUAGUGAAAAAGUGCAUAACUAUCAGGGGCAUCCAAGGUUAUAAAGAUAUUCAUCUGCAGAGAGCAGUUGAAUUCCUGUCUGCUACAGUUGGUAAAUAUCCAUAUGAGUCCCUCUUGAGUUCACCAUUUACUUUGCAUGAUUUCCAUUCUGCUGUCAACUUGGCUCGGACGAAGAGAUAUUAUCGAACAGCAGUUAAACCAUAGAAACUUGCUGUAAAAUAUAUAUAUUCAUAUGAGUAAUAUUUUUACAUAUUAUAUUUUUUAAUGUAAGCUGGCCUUGCACGUAUAGAUUUAUACACAGAGAGAUCUAUUUUUGUAAUACAAUGCAAUGCAUUUAUGAUAUGGUGCUUUUUGUUUUUCUAUAUGUAGCACUAGUGAUGUUUUUAUGAAUGUAUGAAUCUUAUAUUGUUAUAUUUUUUUAAAUAGACUGUCAAUAAUUAUAGUACAUUUGAUUACGUUUUCACAUUUUAUCCUCUUAGCCUUUCAAAAAAUGAGUACAUGUGAAGAUUACCCAUUAACAACUAUCUCUUAUAAGAAAUAAUGCAAAAUUACGUAUAUUAAGGCAGCUGAAAUUUAUGGUAUCCAUUAGUUUUCUAAAAUUAUGUAAGUUAUUAUUUUAAUCAUUUUUAUGGGUGAUGAAGUACUAAUCAAUCAAAGCCAUAUAAAUUAUGCCUUUAAUUACACUGUGAUUCAAGAACUCUAGUAGUAUAUUAUAAUUAUUAAAUAUUUUGUGAAUGUUACAUACAGCUUUUGUUCCUCAGUUACUUUUAUUAUAAAUUUAUAAUUGAAGUCAAAAGUCCUUUUUGUAAAAAGGCAUCACAAGCUAAGUGCCAAUUGGUAGAAACCAUUUCUUUAUAUUAGGUACAAAGUAAGUAGCUUGUUCUCAGUCAUUUUUUCAUGAAGUAAAAUUAAUGUAACUAUAUCAUUACACAGUUUGAGAAUUUUCCUUUCAAAAAUUAACGUAGGCUUCAUGUGAAUAUGAAAUUACCAGUUAUAUCAAAUUUUAAUAUAGAUGUUCUUUAAAUUUAGAUUAUUCUUUAUUUUUCCUUUUAAUAUUCUUGUCAAUAAUUUGCACUUUUCUUUGCUGUUAUUUGUAUAAUAAUAGAAGAAACUGUUUCAUAUUGAGAAAGCUUAUUAAAAUCAUGAAUGCAUUUUUGUUUUUCGAAACAUGUUUUUUUUACCUAUCUAAAAGUAUGUGCUUAACACAGUUAUAUAAAAUGUUUUUGUAUGAAACAAAUAUUUCAUCGAGAUAGGUUGUUAACUGGUUAAUAACCUAAAUAAGUGUCAUGUUAUAAAUUUGUCAAUUUUUAUUCUUUUAUUUUUGAAUAUUUCAGUAAUUGCACAUUAUUAGAAAGAGACCUUUAAAUACUUUUUGUUUUGAUAUUACUAGAUGCUUUUAUAUACUAUAUAUAAUGCAAUACAAAUUUUUGAAUUAUUUUUAAAGGAAAUUUAUGAAAAACAAUCUCUAUUUAAAAUAUUUUGGGGUACAGCAAGUAUAAAUAAAUUUAAAUUUAUGAUGAAAAUUAUACUGUAAGUCAUUUCAAAGUCAUUAGGUAUUAUUUCUGAUUUAAUAUUUCCCUUAAAAUAUCUUUAUUAAUUAACUUCAUUUUCUAUUUAUUGAUUUCAGUUUUAUUUUUAUUAAAUAAUUAUUAUCAGGCAGUUCUAAACUGUAUUUAAAGCUAAGGAAGUCUAAUGCUGUAUAUAAAUGUUUGGUUAAGAAAACAGUUAUAGUUCAUUGUCACCAAAAUAUUUAUUAAUAUUGCGAAUAGGAAAUCCUGGCUCUUGGACGUAAUUUUUGUAGACUCUAUUAAAAAAUUUAAUUCAAAAUUUGAAGGAAAAGUAUUGUUAAUCUGACUUUGCACCAUGCCAUUAGGAGAAGUUAAGUUUGUUGAUGUCUUUUUUCCAGUUAACGCAAUUAGUAAAUUACAACCUUUGUAUAUUAAGAUUAUCAAAUAAUUUAAACUUAAUUAUUGCUGUCACUUGAUGAUUGUUCUAGAAACACUAUUGAUUCUCUACAAAAUAUUGAUGGACUGAUAAAGAAACAAUUUUUGGUAGAUACAUUUGAAUAGUUCAAAGUAUGAAAUGAUUUCAUAAUAUAAUAUUUUUGCAGUAUUUCUUUUAUACAUAAAAUUUCUUUUUAAUAUUUAAAAUAACAUUCAUAUCCAGGGAUGAGAUUCAGAAUUUUAAUAACUGGUUUCUUGAAUAAAUAUAUAAAUGAUAAAAUUAGUUACUAAGCAGACAAUAAAUUGUGUAAAUAACAAUUCAAUUUUACUCGUUCAUCACAUGAAAAAUAUUUUAGGAAAUGGUUCUAGUAACCCAGCCAAAUCAGCUAAAAUCAGAGAGAUCCCCCCCCCAGUGUGCCAUGCUUUAGUACUUUUUACAGACUGUAAUGGCAGUAAGGUAAAUUCAUAAAUCAAAUUAAUGACUUCAACACUUAUAGUCGACAUAUUUAAAAUGACCACCUUAUUAAAGACUAAAAUUAUCUACAGCAGUGGGUGGUCAUCGUAGAAAGGGUUUACUGUAUUGUGUCAGAAGUUCUUUAGGAGCUGAAAAUAUUUUGUGCAUAUCAAACACAUUUUAUUAAGCUUUCUUUCAAAAAAUUUUACAAAUUUUAAAGUAUUUUUAAGUUAUGUCUGUUUGUUUUAGCUCUCAAUACAUCUUUUGCAGUAUUAAUAUUAAUUUAAAUGUGUAUUUUUUUCAGUACUUACAUAUUAAUGCAACUUACCUUGUCAUAAUUUGGAAAUUCUAUAAAAAGAGUAAAGUUUACUUACCAGGUUCAAGUUGUUGGGUUUCAUGACUUUUUAAAAAGAUUCCCAAACUUUCUAUAUAUAAGUUGGCAAACAUUAUCAACUUAUGAAAAGUAAAAAUAGUUUAUUAAUUAAACUACAAAUUUUAGUUGUUAAAUAAAGGUUACAUGAUACAUUAAAACGUUAAUCACUUACAUUCAUUAACUCUUACAUUUAUCUCUAAAUCUUUCUGUUCUUUUCCUCGCGUAUACAGUGAUCUGUUUUCAAUUAAAAAAACAGUAGAGCUUCAAACCUCACUAACUCCAGCUGUCUACCAAAUGCAUCUCCUCAUUGUUACCUUUAGAGAUUGUGCUGCCAAAUUCAGUGUUCCUGCAGACAUUUUAACAUUCGAUAACAUUUCUGCCACUGUUGGCAAAUUCAGCACUGCCUAGUUUAAGGCAAAUAAUAUCACAGUUUGUCAAUAAAAGCUUCUAGAAAAUGUGAUACUACAAAAAAAUAAUAAAUAAAAAAAAAAAA